ACGAAACGCAAAAGAAAUUGAAUUUAUUACUCUAAAUUCUAGAUGAUUCUUUCACGUAUAAUUAUGUUAUGUGUACUUGAAAUAAUUAAACACAAUUGAUAGUGUUAUUGAGUUGAAGAUUUCAUCAGACAUUGCAUUCCGUCCACAUUAGCCGUCUGUUUCCCGUACAAUUUACACAUCAUAUUCGCAUGCGUGUACUCCACCAGCUUCGUCCGGUUUCGCGUAUCACGAAAUUUUGGAUCUGGAAUCGAAGUUACUCAGUAGUUGCAAACAUGGUCGAAUUAAAGUGGGAAGAAAAAUAUGAUCUCAUUACCAGGAAUUUGGCAGAGUGGCUCGGUGAUGAGAAAAUGAAAAAUAUCCUAAAACAGAGGGAUCUUAAGUUAUACUGGGGUACUGCAACUACUGGAAAACCCCAUAUUGGAUACUUCACACCAAUGUCAAAGAUAGCUGACUUUUUAAGAGCUGGAACUGAAGUUACAAUAUUGUUUGCUGACCUUCAUGCUUAUUUGGAUAACAUGAAAGCUCCUUGGGAGCUUUUGGAUCUUCGUACACAAUAUUAUGAGGCAGUUAUCAAGGCAAUGCUUAAAUCCAUCAAUGUGCCUUUGGAUAAAUUAAAAUUUGUAAAAGGGACUGAUUACCAGUUGUCUAAGGAAUACACAUUAGAUGUUUAUCGAUUGACCUCUCUUGUAACUGAACAUGAUGCAAAGAAAGCUGGAGCUGAAGUAGUUAAACAAAUAGCAAAUCCCUUACUGUCUGGAUUGUUGUAUCCUGGACUACAAGCUUUAGAUGAACAAUAUCUUAAGGUUGAUGCCCAAUUUGGUGGUGUAGACCAAAGAAAAAUUUUCACAUUCUCAGAAAAAUAUUUACCGAUGCUUGGCUAUGAGAAGCGUAUUCAUUUAAUGAAUCCAAUGAUACCUGGUUUAGCUGGAUCAAAGAUGUCUUCGUCUGAGGAAGACUCUAAGAUUGAUCUUCUGGACAAUGCUGCAGCAGUUAAGAAGAAGUUAAAGAAAGCAUUUUGCGAGCCUGGGAAUAUAACUGACAAUGGAGUUCUGUCAUUUGCCAAACAUGUAAUAUAUCCUCUGUUUAAGGAGGGGGAAUCAUUCAAUGUACCAAGGACUGCCGAAUUUGGUGGAGAUAUAUCUUUUGACAAGUAUGAAGAUUUGGAAAAUGCAUUUGCCAAGGAAGAAAUACAUCCUGGAGACCUGAAAAAUGCAGCUGAAAUUUACAUCAACAAAUUGUUGGACCCAAUUAGGAAAGAAUUUGAAGGGAAUCCAAAGUUGAAAGUUUUGGCUAGUAAAGCAUAUUCACCCCAACAGAAACAAAAAGCUAUAGAGGAAUUGACACCAGCUCGAUUGGAUAUCAGGGUUGGAAAAAUAGUCGAAGUAUCAAAGCAUCCAGAUGCUGAUUCACUUUAUGUAGAAAAAAUUGACGUAGGAGACGCCAGCGGGCCACGUACAAUAGUUAGUGGACUUGUAAAUUAUGUACCAUUAGAAGAGAUGGAAAACAGAAUGGUAGUUAUUCUUGCUAACUUGAAACCAGCGAAUCUUAGGGGUAUUCAGUCUCAUGGAAUGGUUCUCUGUGCCUCUGUAGAUGAACCUACGAAACGAGUGGAACCACUGAGACCUCCAGUAGAUAGCAAACCUGGUGAAAAAAUUACUGUGGAAGGAUACGAAGAUGGAACUCCUGAUGAUGUACUUAAUCCAAAGAAGAAAGUGUGGGAGAAAUUACAACCUGAUCUUGUAAUAAAUGGUAGUGGAGAAGCGUCUUGGAGCGGCAAUCUUUUGUUCACUUCCAACGGUGGUAAAAUUAUAGUUGACAGUCUUAAAAACGUAGCAAUUAAAUGAUUUCUUCUCUGAUGUAUUGAAUUUGCAUUUUACUUAUUCAGGAAAAAUAAGACUUGCUUCAUACUUUAAGAUUGUCGGUGUUUGUUAUUUUAUUCUAUUGUCAAUAACACUUUUCUUGUAUUUUUUAAAUAUAACGUUUAUAUAAGUAGAUAAAGGUGUCGUCGCAAGAAAAAUGA